AUGCCUGCCCCGAGAAAAUUUCUGGUGGCUUCCACCUCGCUGCCCCUGGCACUUGGCUGGGGCUGGAACCUGAGCUUGUAUGUGGGGAUGCUCCUUGGACUCCUGCUUCUCAUGAUGCUUCUUCUCUGGAUGCUCCUCAAGCAGCUCAGUCACUCGGUGGCAAAAUCCAUGAUGCAGCCUGUGCGCUCUUUCAGGAAGCCUGGCGUUGAACAGAGGCUUCAGCACGAGCACAGAGGCAGCGUACGGCCGUUCGCCAACUUCAACGCCCAAAGCGACGCUGACUUCCUCCGCAGAGCGAUGAAGGGAGUGGGUACGGACGAAGACGCCAUCCUCAUGCUCCUGGCGGCGCGCAGCAACGAUCAACGCCAGCAAAUUAAGGCAGCGUUCAAAAAGACCUGCGGAAAGGACCUGGUCAGUGACCUGAAGUCGGAGCUCGGGGGUCUGUUGGAGGAUCUGAUCGUGGCCAUGAUGACCCCGCCCGUCUCCUAUGAUGCCUCUCAGCUGCACAAGGCCAUCAAGGGCGCCGGGACUGACGACGAAGUGCUGAUCGAGAUCCUGGCCUCCAGGACCGGCCCCCAGAUAAAAGAAAUCAUCAAAGUGUAUAAGAAAGAGUUUGGAGGCAAACUGGAGAAGGACGUCUGUGGAGACACCUCAGGGCACUACCAGAGACUGCUGGUGAUCCUGCUGCAGGGGAGCAGGAAGAAGGACGUAGACGAGAGCAAAAUCGAGACAGACGCCAAGGACUUGUAUGCUGCUGGUGAGGGAAUGUUUGGCACCGAUGAGGACAAAUUCAUCACAAUCCUUGGCAACAGGAGCCCAGAGCAUCUCAGGAAAGUAUUCGACGUCUACAAGAAGCUGUGCGGCUCUGACAUCGAGGAGAGCAUCAGAGGAGAGACCACUGGGAAUCUGGAGAACUUACUGCUGGCUGUCGUAAAAUGUGUCAGGAGUGUCCCGGAGUAUUUUGCUGAAGUCUUGUAUAAAUCCAUGAGGCGUGCCGGGACUGACGACGACGCCCUGAUGAGGAUCAUGGUCUCGAGGAGCGAGGUGGACAUGCUGGACAUUAGAGCCAGUUUCAAGAAGAUGCAUGGAGCGUCUCUGUACUCCACCAUCCAGGAGGACACGACUGGAGACUACCAGAGGGCUUUGCUCUACCUCUGUGGGGGGAAUGAUUAA